GACAAAAUAAACAUGGGGGACUGGAAUUUCCUUGGAGGCAUUCUGGAAGAAGUUCACAUCCACUCCACCAUGACUGGAAAGGUCUGGCUCACCAUCCUGUUCAUAUUUCGAAUGCUUGUUCUGGGUAUAGCAGCUGAAAAUGUCUGGAAUGAUGAGCAGUCCGGAUUCAUCUGUAAUACAGAACAACCUGGAUGCAGAAAUGUAUGCUAUGAUCAGGCCUUUCCUAUCUCCCUCAUUAGAUACUGGGUUCUGCAGGUGGUAUUUGUGUCUUCACCCUCCCUGGUCUACAUGGGUCAUGCUUUGUACGGACUGACUCUGGAGAAAGAGAGGAAGAGGGAGAAAGCUCAACUGAGCGGAGAACUGGAGAGGGUAGAGUUUGAAAUGUCUGGAAAUCGGAGGUUAUUAGAGCAAGAACUUUAUCAGCUGGAGCAAAGGAAACUAAAUAAAGCUCCACUGGGAACCUUGCUUUGCGCUUAUGUGAUACACAUUUUAGCUCACUCAGUAGUUGAAAUUGGGUUCAUGAUUGGACAGUAUCUUUUAUAUGGAUUUCAUUUAAAGCCUCUAUUUAAAUGCCAUGGCCACCCAUGUCCAAAUAUAAUUGAUUGCUUUGUCUCAAAACCAACAGAAAAGACAAUAUUCCUAUUAUUUAUGCAAUCCAUAGCCACUGUUUCACUUUUCUUAAAUGUUCUAGAAAUUUUCCAUCUAGGCUUUAAAAAGAUUAAAAGAGAGCUUUGGGGACAAUAUAAAUUGAAGGAUGAGCAUAAUGAAUUCUAUGUGAAUAAGUCAAAGCAAAAUCUUGCCAAAUAUCAGAGCACAUCUGCAAAUUCACUGAAGCGACUGUCUUCUGCACCUGCUUAUAAUCUGUUAGUGGAAAAGCAAACACACGCAGCAGUGUACCCGAGUUUAAAGUCAUCUGCAUUUCAGGCAUAUCCUGACAAUCACAAUGGAAAUCAUGAGAAAUGCAUUCUGGAAGAACAGGAAACUGUGCUUUCUAAUGAGAUGUGCAUACUUAGUACUACCUGUAGUCAUAUUCAACACAUCAGCUCAAGUACUAUUGAAGACACUCAUAAAGUAUUUGGAAAAGAAGUUAAUGGUAACCAGUUAAGGGGAAAAAAAGUGAAAUUGAUGGCAAACAACAGCAAAAGGAACCAGUACUUUAGAGGUCACUGUUCUAUUCCAGGUUUUACUGUAGAUCUGAACAACCACAUGGGGCAGUCACCCCAAACAGCUUUCUCCCUGCCAGCUAACUGCACUGUGAAACCGACGUGGCUUCGUGGCUUUGCUACAUGGAGUCCCUCUAUAGAAGAUGAAAACUGGGCGUCACUUCCUAAAGGUAAACUCAAGGGCCAGUUCAGAGAGGGCACAAUCAGAACACUUUCUCCUUUACAAGGAGAUUUUCAACCAGCUGACAUUCCAGACACUCCUAAUUCUUCGGGAGACUUGUCCUAUGGAUCUGAGUUGGUCAGAACCUGCAAUAAUCCUACCGCUUGUCCACCAAAUCAUUUAGUGUUAUUGACAAACAACCUCAUUAGUAGGCAGGCUCCCACUGACCUUCAGAUCUGAACAGCUGUUGGAUUUCAGACAUUCUGCAUAUAUUACAGAAGUAGCCUAGCGGUGGGCGGAGCAUAGACAAAACAGAUAAGGGCAGCUCUAAAGACCAGCCGCUAAGGCAGACAACUACAAACUCAUUUCAUAAAAGGGAAAACAGCUCAAAUUCUGAAUUGUGAAGGGUUAGUUUUAAAAUCAAAGACAUAGAGUUACCAAAUCAGGAUUAGUUUUUCACCGGCUCCCUUCAGAAUUUGUGAAAACUGAUUUUGGACAAAUCAUAUGUUCAGAAUGUAGGCUAAAUGGAUUGGAACCAGGAUGUUCCUUGACGGGACAGCAGCCUUAGUGCUGGAGGAAUAUUUUCCUGUGAGUCCCCACACAAUGUAGAUGAUGUUGGGUCUGCCGGCAGUUUCUGGGUGUAGGCCGGGAUCGUGUCUCCUGAGACCAAAGAAUAGAAACACGGACCCAGGAGAGGCAAAGAGUUUUAAAAAGAGGAUAGUGUAUUGAAAGCAAAGAGUCAAAGAUCCCGAGUGGGAGGGGAGUCCCAAGUGGGUGGGGAGUCCCGAAUGGGGAUGGUCCCUGACUGAGGCAAAAGCUCUUACUUUUAUACCUUCCCUUCCCUAGCAAAGUAUAAGAAUUUCAUAAAUAUUCAUAAUUAUAUUACUGAAAAUUUCUGAAAAUGCUCAAAAGUUGUGAUAAAGAAACCAGAAUUUAGACAUUUAAACGUGGGUUAAAAAACUAAACUUUUAUACCUUCCCCUUCCCUUGUCUGUUAGGGGAAGGGGAGCUGUUCGAAGAAGGUAACUGUUUGAAGGGAACUGGCGCUUUCUAAUGAAAUUCGUCUACCAGGUUUGUUCUGCUUGCCCAUUCUAAAGGAA